GCAAGAAAUUCUCACUAUAUAAGGUUAAGUUCCUGGAUAGGCUAAACUUAGAUGAAUAUAAUGAGGAAUUACGUCUUGCAUUCAAAUUUCAGGGUUCUCAACACUAUUAUCUUAAUUCAAUAUUUCAUAGGAGAGGGAAAAUAGAUUUGGAUGAGCAGAGAAUACAUGAUAAAAAAAAGCAAGACAUAUGUAAGCAAGAAGCGAAUGAAGGAAAUACAUAUAGUCCAGACUGGCCUUUUCACUUUUUAGUAACUGAAGGUUCACAUAGCGAAAAAG